AUGGCAGAACCCCCUGCAAAACGUGCUCGGCGCGUGGACAGCAGCGUGAUGUGGGACAUGAAUGACUCAAAAGCCCACUCCGUGGAGCCAGACUCGGAUCAUGGCCGCAGACGUUCACCACCCCCCGAGAUGAGCGACGCGAUGGCCCUCGUGAAGACCGCCUUUACCGCUCACACUCUCGAGAUCGCAAUGAUAGAAGGCGAGAAAGGAGCAGGUCUCGAGAUCGCCGCGACCGAGACCGAAGGGACCGGGAUAAAGAUGGAGGCCGGGCCAAGGACCGCAAGAGAAGUGCAAGUAGGGAGCGUGGUUACGACCGACGAGGUAAGCUAUGCCGCGAAAGGCGACAAGAUCCGCGACCGUUCGCGAUCACCCGCUCGGAAUGGCACGAAGACUGGUUCGAGGUCUCGAUCUCCGCCUUCUCGAGGAUACAAAGGCGACCGCCGUUCCGAUCGCACAGACCCUAGGUAUCGCGAUGGGAGACAGAUGAAUGGCUCAUCGGGCGCAAGCCGCCUUGCAGAGGAAAUGGAUAUCGAUUUCAAGGACGAUGCCGAUGAGGACCAGAUGGAAGCAAUGAUGCGGAAGAGCAUGGGAUUCACCCGAUUCCGGACCACCAAAAACACUAAGGUACCUGGGAACGACAUUUACGGUGUGCGCAAGGAGAAGACAAGCGAGUACCGCCAGUACAUGAACCGCACAGGCGGUUUCAACCGGCCGCUCAGUCCGUCGAGGUGA